CAAAUAAACUAACCGUCAAUCAUUCUAAGAAUAUAUAUAAAUUCAAAACAAAUUGUAGCUAGGGUUUAUGUACGUACAGCUAUACCUAAAAAUGUUAAUCAGUAGUGCUAAUAAUCGGCAGUGCUUGGAGACAAUGAGUACACAAAUUUUCAAUAUUAUUAGUGAUGAUUUAUUAUUGGAGGUACUACUUCGUCUUCCAGAUUUUAAGUCUAUAAUAGAUUGUGCUUGUGUAUGCAAACAUUGGUUCUCUCUUAUUUAUUGUUCUAGACUAUAUUUCAGUGGCAGAUUCAAUCACUAUCACCGUCAAAAAAGACUUAAUAAUUCUCCCGACUCACCUCUUCCAUUUGCCCUAUUCUUCAUUGCCUCUUUUCUCCCGGAUUAUUCAUUCUCACUUGCAUAUUUCUCUCCGAGAUCAACAAUUCUCGACUAUGGACUAACACCAUCAUUAAAGUUUUUACCUUCGAGGGACGUAAAAUCUGACCGUGUUGAUAUAUGUUCAUCGUUCGAAGAUUUAUUGCUGGUUGAACUAUUAUACCCCGAUCGCAGUGGUCUCUGUUUUUAUGUAUGCAAUCCUUUUCUAAGGCAUUACAUUUUGCUUCCAUGGUGUUCGAAUAUCUAUCGAUAUUAUAGUAGACGCUUUUUAGUAGUAUCUAAUACUAGUAAUAACCUUAUGAUUAGCUAUAAGGUGGUGAUCAUUAGCGCGGCGGGAAGAGUUUUCGAUAGAAUUUCAGAAUCCCUACCUGAUUUAGAUAUUUUUUCUUCUGAGACAGGACAAUGGAGUCAUUCAACUUUUGACUUUCCAAAAGAAGCUUUGACUAAAUGCAGUUCUCGCUCUACCAUCAUUGGAAGUAAUGGAAUUGUAUACUUGCCUUAUGGUUCCUCAAAUAAAAAUGAAGGUAUUGUUUCGUUGAAUAUUUGUUCAAAACGAUACCGUUUGAUUGGUUUGCCUAAGGAGGAGUUAGGACGUGAUUGGCGCUGUUUGGAUUCGAGGGUGCAUAUUGGGGUGGUUCGAGGUAAGGUGCGACUAGCACAAUUCUAUUCAUAUAAGAAAAAAGAGUGCUUUGUUUUUAAGGCAUGGGAACUAAUUGAUGGGGGUGACAACGAUGACGAUGAGACGUAUAGUUGGAAUUUGGUGCAUAAUCAUUAUCAUAUGACGAUGAGGUUUGAUUGUCCUAUGAGUUUCUUUUGCCUUGUUGCUCUUCAUCCAGAUGACGGAGAUGUGUUUUUCUUUUCGCGCUCUAAUAAUAGAAUUAAAGAUAAUAUUGAGAUUUUUCAAUGUCGAAUACUUGGCCAAAAUUACAAUCACAUUGAAAUUCUUUGUCGUCUUCCAUCUAAAGUGUGUGCUACUAAUUUGCGUGUUAUUCCUCUUCUGCAUCCAUGGUGGCCUUCUCAAAUUUCAUCUCAAAUUUUAUCUGUUAUUUAAAUAUAUUACAACUUUUAUUAUUAUUGUAGAACACUUCAUUAUUAUUAUUAUUCUUAUUUUUCU